AUGCUGGGGGAGCUAAUGUCUCUUUUUAGGAAUCUCCACGGGACACUUGCUUCCUCAGGCACCAUAGGAGCACUGAUGGCUUGGCUGAUCAACUAUAAGCCAGCCUUGUUUGGGUUCCUAUUACUUCUGCUGUUGCUUAGCAACUGGCUGGUCAAGUAUGAACUCAAGCCCACACCCCCAGAGCCCCAGCAGGACAAGAUCCUUGAACGGCUUAUGUUCAGUGAAAUGAAGCUGAAGGUCUUAGAAAAUCAGAUGUUCAUCGUAGAAUGGAAUCGAAUGAAUCACCACAAGCGGUCAAGCCGGCAGCGGACUUUUCCAGCAGGGAAACACAGAAUGAGGAGACGGGAAUCUAUGUUCUCCAUCAUCUCUGACUGCACUUCCAAUUCCCCCUAA